GUAGGAGUAAUAUCUUUUGUUAGUCCGUACUAGGUAUUAAAUUUCCUUGUUAAGCUUAGUUUCCUAAAUUAAGUGAGGCUUUAACCUAGUAGCUUUGCAUAUAUAUAUCGAGCAGCCUCGUCUCGUGACAAGUCGCUAGGCAAUACACUCUUAAAAUACGGAACACAACGUUUUCUCGUCGCUUCAUUGUGUUCUUCAAUCUACCAGUCUACUCUGAAUUCCUCAGCAGCUUCUUCAGAGAUGGCUGCACAAACGGAUGCCCCUUCCUCAGAUUUCAGUGCGGAAACGGUGGGGAAUGCUUUCGUCGGUCAGUUUUACAAAAUUUUGCAUCAGUCACCGGAGCUUGUCUACCGGUUUUAUCAAGAUUCAAGCACAAUGAGUCGACCAGGCCCUGAUGGAGCAUUGGCGACUGUGACUGCGAUGGAAGGAAUUAAGGGUCUUAUCCUCUCCUUAGAUUGUACCGAUUACAAAGUAGAGAUAUUGACAGCCGAUGCACAAGCUUCUUACAUGAAUGGAGUGAUCGUAUUAGUGACUGGAUGUUUGACGGGAAAGGACAAUGUGAGGAGGAACUUCACCGAGUCAUUCUUUCUAGCUCCUCAAAACAAAGGUGGUUUUUUCGUACUCAAUGACACUUUUAGGUUUAUUGAGGAAGACAGCACGCCAGAGGUUAAUUCAGUAGAAGAGAAGGAUGUUGAUAAAAGUGCACCAGCAUCUCCUGUGGUUCCCGUUGAAGACACUAUCGAAACCUCAAACGUUACUGUAAAUCAUGCUCCAGUUGCAGAGGAUGUGACAAAAACAAUCAGCAUAUCCGAAGAUGAACCUAAAUUGACUGUCACUGAGAAGGCUGUUCCUCAGGCCUCUGUUGACUCUGGUCUUAAAGUCCAACCAGUGGCUGAGACUUUAUCUAAUGGUCAUGUGGAUGCUCCUAAGAAGUCAUAUGCAUCACUUCUUAAGAAUGGGAAUGAGGGUGCAACUAAGACACCUGUGCAAAGACCUACUAUUGCCGCUAAGGCUCCAACUUCAAAGGCACCACAGAAGAAUGUAGCAGCCUCUCCUGUUGUACAACCAACUCGUCCUGCUGCUCCAGUGUCUGCAACUGUAUCUGAAUCAUCUGCUCCUAAUGGCAGCAAUGGUAAUACAGCUGUCCAAUCCGAAGAAAAGGGUCAUUCUGUAUAUAUUGGAGAUUUGCCCUUCGAUGCAACUCCGGCUCAAAUUGAGCAGGAAUUCAAAAAAUUUGGACGCAUCAAACACAAUGGCAUUCAAGUACGAUCAAAUAAGGGUUAUUGUUUUGGAUUUGUUGAGUAUGAAGAUGCCACUGCGAAACAGAAGGCAAUCGAAUUGGGCUACAUUAAUAUUGGUGGGAAAGAAGCUUUUAUUGAAGAGAAGAAAACGAGUACUAAAGUUGUCAAUGGCGUGAGCACGUAUCCCUCUGGGCGAAAUGGCUUCAGGAAUGAUGGUUUCAGGGGUCGUGGCAACUUUUCAAAUGGUGGUCGUGGAUAUGUAAGAAGUGACAAUGGCAGGCGUAACGGGGAAGUUUCUUCUCGAGGCAACCGCAACGGGGAUGGAUUUGUUUACCAGAAUGGUGGUGGAAGAGGUGGCCUCCGCCAAGGGGCUGCACCACCUCCAAAGUAGGAGUGAUUUUUGUACCAUAUCCCCUUUCGGAGUUGGUGAUACAUAGAGAGAUUUUUGUAGUGAGUAGGACGAGUCUCCUCUUGAUUCUCUUUCCUUCAUUAGAUCUACUACAUUUUCAAAUAGGCAAAAGUUUCUCUGGAGUUUUAGAAGGAAAGCUAGAAAAAUCAAUUGUUAUUACUAAUAUUUUAUUCUAUUAUUAUAACACUAUUUUUUCUGAGAAUAGGUAGGGAUCUUUCUGCUCGUAGAAAACGUUGAUGGGCAAUUUGUCUGAGUUUGGUCUUAUGUGAAAUUCUAUAUUGUCACUUUGUCAGCAUUCUUGUUCGUAUUUACAUAAUCUGUAUUAUUUCUCUUUCGUUUGUUGCUUGAUUAA